AUGAACUCAUUAAGAUCGGCGAGCAACUGGAUCUCCAACAAGACCAAGGGCGGCGCCCACUCCGCGAGCAAGGAGACCAACAAAUCAAUCGCCAAAGAUCCUAAUGUGCGGAGCUCGACUCGUCUGCGAGCCGCCGGGAAUGCGAUGAAGGACAAGGUGCACGAGACGAAUUACAACCGGCAAGCAGAUGUCCACAAGCAGGCCGCAAAGCACAACUACUGA